AUGAAAUGCAGCGGAAAAGUGGGGUACUUCUUAAACCUGAAAAGGGAGUACGGAGACGAGAGAGCGGCUACCCUCUUAAGAGCCCUGGAGGAGGAGAAAACUGUCCAAGGAGCAUUCAUAACUCAUUUUGUAAAAGUAGAUUAUCUCAACUUGACUAAAAUCCUGCUAUUCAUGGUUAGGGCAAAUAAGGUGGAAACAAGUUUCGAUGGCUUGUAUGUAGAUAAGUCGUAUGCACAUUUGAUGACCCAACGUGGGGUAGCGGUCACCCCCCAGGGGAAAGGUCCAGACGGUGAUAUCCCCUCCGCGGGCGCAAAAAAGGAAGAAGAGGGAUUCUCCACGAAGGCCAAUCCCGCUGAGGUCAAUCCAUCAGAGUCUAAUCCCAGCGAAACGCAAAAGGAAAGAUAUCAAUGGAGAGAGCGACCAACCUUUGAAGAGAAGCCAAGUGGAAAAACCACCCCAAUUAACCCCCACCCAGCGGAAAAUUACGAAAAAAUAAUCAUUCCCAAUUCGGAGAUACUAAACGCAGAUGAUAUAAUGAAGCACGAUGGAGAAGUGGAAAAUGUGGAGAAAGCCAUCUACUAUUUAAACCCCUGUUCUGUCCUGUCAGCAUAUUUUCUGGAUGUACAGAAGAACGAAAAUGUGCUGGACAUGUGUGCAUCUCCAGGGGGGAAGUCCAUAGUCAUCGCAAAUCACCUCUUCGGGUAUGACUCCUCUCCAGUGAAGAGAAUUAGAAACAUGGAAUGUCUAAAGGAUGGAAGUGUACAAAUUAAAUGCUCCCUCGAUAGGGUGAAUUAUUACACCACCAGGAGGCAAGGCUUCUUUGUCGCGAACGAAUUUAAUCGAGUAAGGUACAACAGAUUGAAACAGGUACUAAGUAAACAUCUGCCAAAAGAUCUGCUGACGUCGAAUCAUGUGCAUAUCACAAAUUACAAUGGACUAAAUUUGAAUUCCUUUUUAAGGUUCCCAAAGUUCCACAAAAUACUGCUAGACGUUCCUUGCUCCACUGACGAGCAUUUAAUAAAAAAAAAAAGAAAAGAUUUGCUUAACAAGUGGACAGAGAGGGUGAUAAAAAAUAACGCAAGUGUACAAUUCGAGUUGCUAAGUAACUCCUUUCAGCUUUUGCACACAAAUGGAACUCUCGUUUAUUCGACUUGUGCUCUUUCUCACCACGAGAAUGAUCAUGUGAUUGAGGAGUUUUUAAGGAAAUAUAAAAAGCAAGUUCAAAUUGUCGAUUUUGUGAAGGAAGAAUAUGAGAGAAGGUUCCGACAACCUGUUGGGGAGGAGGACCCUACCCACCACGUGACACUAAGCGGGGGAAAACAUAACUGUGAGCAACGUGGAAAUGAUCCUGUAGAGGGGCGUAGCCACGAUGGGGCUGUACCCACUGGGGGCGAUAGGGUUCCACGUGACAAGCCGAGCACCCACUUCCUAUCCUUCUUCGAGAAAACCAAAUAUGGCUACAUUUCCCUGCCAGAUAGGUCACCCUUUGGAAUUUUAUACAUUUGUAAGAUUCGGAAAAUUUGA